UUAUUCAUUAUUCUCCUCUUCUCUUCUCUGCUCUUCUGCUUUUAUGUUGCCUAGGCUUCGUGAACUGGGUCAAUGCCCUAGUUAUUUUUAAACUCUCUUCUGGGAUUGUCAACUGGUUUUUUAAUGGAGAUAGAGCAAGAUAUUAGUUGUAAUGGUGCUGGUAGUAGUAGCUGUGGGGAUGUGGAGGCUGCUGCAGCUUUAACAAGAGAAGAAGGAGGAGGAUCUAUGUACUUGGUAUGGGAAGAUUUAACUGUGCUGCUGCCCAACUUCAGUGAAGGACCUACAAGAAGGUUGCUCAAUGGGCUUAAUGGGUAUGCUGAGCCUGGUAAGAUCAUGGCUAUUAUGGGUCCUUCUGGUUCUGGGAAAUCCACCCUUCUUGAUGCUUUAGCAGGUAGACUCUCCAGAAAUGUUAUCAUGACUGGAAAUGUUCUAGUUAAUGGGAAGAAGAGGAGACUUGGCUAUGGUGGUGUAGCUUAUGUAACACAAGAAAAUACAUUGCUGGGAACUCUUACUGUUAGAGAAACCUUAACUUAUUCGGCUCAUUUAAGGCUUCCAAGCAGCAUGACCAGAGAAGAGAUUGAAGGCAUUGUCCAAGGAACGAUCAUGGAAAUGGGUCUCCAAGAUUGCGCAGACCGGCGAAUCGGAAAUUGGCAUUUGAGAGGAAUAAGUGGUGGGGAAAAGAAAAGGCUAAGCAUUGCACUUGAAAUCCUGAUUAGGCCUUAUCUUUUAUUUCUUGAUGAACCUACCAGUGGACUAGACAGUGCUUCAGCUUUCUUUGUUGUUCAAACUCUUAGAAACAUAGCUCGCGAUGGAAGAACAGUCAUCUCUUCAAUUCACCAGCCAAGUAGUGAAGUUUUUGCUCUCUUUGAUAACCUUUUCCUGUUAUCUAGUGGUGAAGUUGUUUAUUUCGGAGAAACAAAGAUGGCAGUAGAGUUUUUCGCCGAAGCUGGAUUCCCAUGUCCGAGUAGAAGAAACCCUUCUGAUCAUUUUCUGCGUUGUAUUAAUUCAGAUUUUGAUCGUGUCACCGCAACUCUGAUGGGAUCUCAAAGAGAAAUCCAAACGUCAUCAGAUUCUUUUGCAAAUUUACCAACAGCAGAGAUCAAGGCAGUGCUGGUUAGAAAAUACAGACUCUCCAGCCAUGCAGCAAAAGCGAAAUCUCGGAUUAGAGAAAUCUUGGCCACAAAAGGGCUUGAGAUUAAAAGAAAAAGGGAAAGCCACGCAAACUGGAGGAAGCAACUUUCAAUAUUGACACAGAGAUCAUUCACCAACAUGUGGAGAGAUUUGGGGUAUUACUGGGUAAGGAUAGGUAUCUACUUAGUCUUGUCUAUUUGUGUCGGAACUGUCUUUUCCGGCGUCGGAAAGGGCUACACUGCAAUCUUGGCUCGCGGAGCUUGUGGAGGAUUCAUAUCAGGAUUUAUGACAUUCAUGUCCAUUGGAGGUUUCCCUUCAUUCAUUGAAGAACUUAAGGUGUUUUCUAAAGAAAGGCUCAAUGGGCAUUAUGGGGUUGGAUUAUAUAUUCUGUCAAACUCCCUAGCUUCCUUCCCAUACUUGACUGUGAUGUCAGUGGCUACUGCGAGUAUUAUUUUUUACAUGGUGAAAUUUAGACCUGAAUUUUCGCAUCUUGUGUACGCGUGCCUUGACCUAAUGGCGAGCAUAGCAGCAGUUGAAAGCUCCAUGAUGACUAUAGCUUCGCUUGUUCCUAACUUCUUAAUGGGCGUCAUCAUUGGAGCAGGAUACGUUGGAAUCAUGAUGAUAACCUCUGGGUUCUUUCGUCGGCUGCCUGAUCUUCCCAAGGUCUUUUGGCGUUACCCAGUUUCUUAUAUCAAUUAUGGAGCGUGGGGCUUGCAGGGAUUAUACAAGAACGACAUGAUCGGGCUGGAGUUUGAUCCUUUAGUACCAGGUAGCCCAAAACUAAAAGGCGAAUUUGUUCUUCGAACCAUGAUCGGCAUUGACGUUAAUCAUUCAAAAUGGUGGGACUUGGCAUUUGUCGUGGUCAUUCUGAUAGCUUUCAGAGUUCUGUUCUAUGGUAUUCUCAAGUUCAAGGAGAGAGCUAUGCCAGUGUUUCAUAAGCUCUAUGCCAAGAGAACUAUAAAACAUCUGAAGAAGAGGCCAUCUUUCAGGAAAAGUUCACCCUUCCCUUCUAAGAGGCACCAAACUCUACAUUCUUUGUCUUCUCAAGAGGGUCUCAACUCUCCCAUCCAUUAGUAGCACUACCCAAUUAGACAUAACAGUUAUUGCCGAGCUUUUUUCUCUAAUCUGAAACACUAUUCUCUCUUCUAAUAUUAGAGGGGUCCAUAACCCAUAUCCGCCCUUGGCUAAAA